AUGUCAAUGGCCUUAGCCCUCAAACCCAUUCUCGCUCUCCUCUUCUCAUCGGUAUUUAUUACAAAAUCCGCGAGCCUAUUUGGAGAUUCUGCAGUUUUUCCCAAGAAAACCCCAAAUUCAACUGAGCCCAGCUCAGAAGGGAGCAUAAAGGUGGAGUCUUUCGGAAUAUCCCAGGUUGUACUCAGAGGAAACACCUCCAUCACAAGUCCAAACGGCACUUUCAAGCUCGGAUUUUUCGCCCCUAAUGACGAGUACAGCUGGUACUUGGGCAUCUGGUACGCUCGUAUCCCAAUCCCUACUUACAUUUGGGUCGCAAACCGUGAAAAGGCCGUCAAGAAUCUGUUGUCAGCUAGUGCCGAGAUAACUGAAACUGGUAGACUAGCCGUAACGGACCAAGAAUCAAGAACCCUGUUGUGGGAGACGAACAAUGUCGAGAGAGCGAAGGGUUUAAGCCUGUUAGAGGAAGGGAACCUAGUUCUCUUGUCUGCUGACGGUAGAAUCGUGUGGCAGAGCUUUGAUUUCCCAGCUGACACGUCACUUCCCGGGAUGAACUUGACCGCCGGCACGAUUCUCAAUUCAUGGAGGAGCUCGAUUGAUCCAAGCCCUGGACGGUAUUUUCUUAGGUUAAACCCUCCCGAUUAUGGUGAAAUCGCGCUUUACUUUAGUAAUUCUAGUGUUGGUAUGGAUAAUCUGUACACGUAUUGGACCACCGGUAACUGGAGUGGAAGUGCAUUUGCUGGUGUGCCUGAAAUGACUAUUCCCUACAUAUACAAGUUCAAUUUUGUCGAGCCCUUUACUCCCAUGGCAACUUUCAUGUAUAAUGAGGUGCCUUUGGAAGUCGACACGGAGCCCCCUUUGACAAGGUUCGUCUUGGACCAUACGGGCCGGCUCAAACAGUUCACUUGGUCCCAACAGAGCGGGGGCUGGAACAUAUUCUGGGCCCAGCCCGAGAAUAUGUGCAAAGUGUACGGUUUGUGUGGGAACUUGGGAAUGUGCAAUGGGAACCAAUUGAGCCCGUGCCAGUGCUUGAACGGUUUUAGCCCAUCAGACAAUGUUUCUUGGUUCAAGGAUGAUUUUUCUCAGGGCUGCCGGCGAACAAGCCGUGAAUCCUGCAGCGAGCACGACAAAUUUGAAGAAAUCGGUAAUGUGAGCCACGAGAGAACGGCUGUCGUGUCGUUUAGCGGGACGUGGGCCGAGUGUGAGAGCACGUGUUUAAAAAACUGCUCCUGCAUAGGUCUGUACCACGACGAGAAAAGUAACUCGUGCAGGAAUCUUUACGGCCCGCUCUUGAAUUUGCUUAAUGUCACUUCGGAUAGCACGAUAAAAGAUACAUUAUAUUUGAGAGUUCAACCAAACGGCACCAGGAAAAAAAGUAGUAACGCGAAAAUGAUUCUCUUGAUCGGAAUAAUAUGUAGUGUUCUUGCGAUUCUCUGCAUCGGAGUUAUGAAUUUGUAUGUUUGUAGGAGGAGGAAAAGGAGGGCUCGACUGACGAGGGGUGAGGAUAACGAUAACACUAUUCAGGUUUCCAACCUGAGGCUAUUCUCGUACAAAGAGCUCCACUCGGCCACUAAGGGAUUCUCAGAGAAGCUCGGUCACGGCGGGUUCGGGUCAGUCUUCAAGGGCGAGCUGGCGGACUCGUCGGCAGUGGCUGUCAAACGGCUCGAGCGGCCCGGAGGAGGUGAGAAGGAGUUCCGAGCUGAGGUCUGCACUAUCGGCAGAAUCCAACACGUGAACCUUGUUCGACUGCGCGGCUUCUGCUGCGAAGGUUUCCAUCGACUCCUUGUAUACGACUUCAUGCCAAAAGGAGCCCUCAGCUCGUACCUCAGAAGGAGCAAUGGUAAUACAAACGGGCCCGACUGCCCGAACCUGAGCUGGGAGGCUCGGUUCCGUGUUGCCAUAGGGACUGCACGAGGGAUUGCUUACCUGCAUGAAGAGUGCAGGAGCUGUAUUAUACACUGCGAUAUUAAACCGGAGAAUAUUUUACUCGACGAGGGGUUCGCGGCUCGGGUCUCGGAUUUCGGGCUGGCGAAGCUCGUGGGUCGGGACUUGAGCCGAGUAGUGGCAACUAUGAGAGGUACAUGGGGUUACGUGGCGCCCGAGUGGAUCUCGGGAGUGGCCAUCACGACAAAAGCUGACGUGUACAGUUACGGGAUGACGCUUUUGGAGCUAAUUGGAGGGCGGCGGAAUGUUCCUCCGCCCGCCGGAGGGGAGAAUAAUAAUAAUGCGUCCCCAGAGGAAGGAGGGAGGUGGUUUUAUCCUCCGUGGGCAGCGCGGAGGAUUGUAGAGGGUGACGUGGCGGCGGUGGUGGACGAGAAGCUUUCGGGGGAGUAUAACGUUGCUGAGGCGGCUCGGCUGGGGCUGACGGCCGUGUGGUGCAUACAGGACGAGGAAGGGGAAAGGCCGGCCAUGGGGACGGUGGUGAAGAUGCUCGAAGGGGUGGUGGAGGUGGCGGUGCCGCCACUGCCGAAGCUGCUCCAGGCGCUCGUCUCCGGCGAGUCGUUCCGAGGGAUGGCUAGCUAG